AUGUGCAGAGGGGCACUCCCUCCUGCCCAUGACAACGAUGACAAUGAUGACAACGGCUCUGUCCAGUUCCUAACCCCCCCUGACACACCGCAUAAAAGCUCUGCCCUCAGCGAGCACUGGCAUCCAUCGCUCCUGCCUCGCUCUCCCUGGGAAGAGGGCACUGCUCAGCUAUCUCACACAAAGAUGUCUUGCUACGACCUGUGCCCACCGAAAAGCGGCGUCGCCGUCCCCCAGCCCAUCGCUGAGAGCUGCAACGAGCUGUGCGCCCGGCAGUGCCCCGACUCGUCGGCCUUCAUCCAGCCGCCCCCCGUCGUCGUCACCUUCCCCGGCCCCAUCCUCAGCUCCUUCCCCCAGCAAGCCGUGGUGGGCUCGUCCGGAGCCCCCGCCUUUGGGGGCAACCUGGGGCUGGGGGGCCUCUAUGGCGCCGGGGCCACGCUGGGCUCAGGGGGCCUCUGCACCUUUGGCAGACCCUACGCUUCUCCUGCCUGCAGCCCUUGUGCCCUGCCCCGCUACAGCAGGAAGCUCUGGGACACCUGUGGGCCCUGCUAG